AUGCCUUUCUUUAGUCGAGUCUUCCGGAGCAAAGACUCCAACGCCGUCAAGAAGCAGUCGAAACCUACCGCUGCCGACCCCGUCCCCGCAAAGCCCAGAUGGAAGGAUGCCUGGCAGCGCACCGAGGUUGGCCCUGAGGAGGUGCAAGACCUCAUCAGAGGCUGUUCGCAGGAAUUGAAAGCCAGAGCUCUCGAUACCCCGUUCCUCCUCCUGCCAUUCCGUCCGAGCUCCGACCCCAGCGCCGCCCGUACCUUCGUCCGUAACUACUUCAACCAGUCCUUCGAUAAGGGCGCCCCCGUCAGCGGAGAUGAGUUCAUGCAGGAGCUGCGGCUCACCGAGCCGAUGGUUCUCUGUGGUGUCUUGAAAUGGUGUUGGAGCAGAUUGCCGGGAGGUGUUGUGACAUGGGAGGCGUACGAACUGUUCAAGGUUGGCGAACAAGAUUCUGAUCUGGCGCGCGACGCCUUCGCAACCUUCAUUCCGAUUAGCGUCGACUCUGACGCUCGUACCAAGAUUAUCUUCGAUUUCUUCGAUCUCCUGGCUGCCAUUGCUGCACACGGCAAGUCUAAUGGUCUGGGAGGUCGCAAGCUCUCAAGAUACGCUGGUUGGUGGGCCUUUGAGCAUGUUGACACCGGUAAAGGCUUUGAAGCCGCCUACAAGAACUGGGCAGCUGCCGCCGAUGCUACGAGUCACUUAUUCUUCGCCUAUCUGCGUUCUAUCUCGCCUGAUAUGCCCCGUGGCAUCAGCGGUAUCUCGUCUCUGCCCAUUUCCCUCCAGGGCCUCGUGCAGGCCACUGAGUACCCCCGGAAACCCCGACCCUCCUUCAGGUUACGACCACCAAAGGCAAAGAACUUUGAAUAUCGCGAUGAACACUGGCACCUGCAGGAAUUCUCCAACUAUGAAGACCCCGUCCGGGCCCUGACCGACGAAUGUCUGCGUGUGUUGAAGUGUAUUGCCUCAACGAACGAGUCCACCGUGUCGACCUCGAAGCACUCCACCAGCUUGCGGGAUGCCUCGUGGUCCCGUUUUGAGGACAUCGGAUUCGGUGGUUCAAUUGAGUCGGACGAGGAUGAGGAAAAUAAGCCACCCGCCAGGAAUGAGAUCUCUGCCAGGAUCAAGACUGCUCCUCAAUCACAGACUGGAGACCUGGGACGUCCCACAACUCCAUCCUGGGCGGACUUCAUGUCCUCAGGCUUCUCGGAUGAAGGUAACAACUCAGUUGGACCCUUGCUGCUGCCCCCGGACAAGAUUCUCCCGCCUAUUGCUGCCGCUCGCGGCCAGAGUUCGCAGUCGCAUAAGCGUGCACUGCAAACUGAGCCGUCCUUGGAGCCUGCCGAGCUGGCCAGCAUCAACACUCUGGACAUGGAUGACUCGUUCUGGUGGGUGUGGAUUACCAGUCUGUCUGGCGAUGAGCCUCUUGCCCGCAAGGCCGUCUUCGGUCGUGUCGCACUCCUUGAGACCAUCAUUCGGCAAACAAAAUGGCUCGUUCUUGAAGAGCAAAUCAAGGGCGCCGCCCCGGAGCCCGAGGCUGGUGCGCAAAUCGUUGAGAAGAAGAGUUUCUUCAGCUUUGGAAGUCGUAAGGGAACAAAGUUGAGCCGCAGCAAGUCCUCGGCCAGGAAGGUGUCUCCUAUUGAAGAGUCUUACAAACGAUCCAACAACCAAGCGCCUCAAAGCAAGACCAGCAUUGGCCCUGAUCAGCACAAGCGGAUCCAGGCCGCUGCUGCUGCUCUUCAGAAGAAAAAUCGCGAGCAAGAAGAAGAGGCUAGGGAGGCGAGGACAAACGGCCGCAGUGACGCCUAUUCCACUAAGACUAACUCGAUCAUGACCCUCCAGCCGGGCAUUGUGAACGAAGCCUCCUCGGCCAUGAAGUGGGCGAGUAACUACGACAAGAAUGCCUACCGGACUGCCUACCUGAGCGACAGCCAGGCGGGCUUGGGUGCUGCUAAUGAUGAUGAGAAGCCGGCUGAGCCUGCUCCUGAACCCCCCGGCUGA